AGCCGGCAAACUCAGUGCUAGCCGUUCGCAUACUAGGUGUGCCGCAUGGCUUAAGACUGGUAUUAAAGACACCAGGGCGGGUGUUGCCUAACGUACAACAGCAAGACGAAUUAUCUUUCUUGUGGUAUUUCGAAAGAACUCCGUGUCGUUGAGGGCUUUACUAAGAAUCGAGGCUUGGUAUUGACAGAAUAACAGAAGAAAUAGAAGCUGAGCAUGGCGCUUUUGGUCGAGUACCUUGUUUUUGGGAUAAUCAUGGCCCUCAAUCUUUGUCUGGGCGUCUACGUUUCGCUGCGAGUUAAGGCAAGCAGGGCACAGACCACGGCAGAAGUUUUCCUCGGAAGCCGCUCCUUACGCUUCCUUCCACUCGCCGCAUCUGUCGCGGCAAGCCUGAUAUCUUCCAUAUCUUUUGUCGCCUUGACGGGGCAUUUCUAUGCCUAUGGCUUUCACUUCAUAUGGUCUCGUCUGCUGACAAUACCUGCUGCGCCUGUCGCCUCUCAUGUGUUCCUUCCGGUGAUGUACGCGCUACGCGUAACCUCGGUUUUUCAAUAUUUCCGAAUGCGGUUUCAUUCUGCCAUUUCACUGACCACCUGCCUAAUAUACAUUCUUCUCACGCUAAGCAUUGGUGCUCUGUGUAUAUUCGCCGCAAGCCUCACCCUUGUCACUGUAUUUGAUCUACCGCUUCUUUGGUGCAACGUUGUAAUAGGGCUGAGUGCCACAGUUUAUACAGCACUGGGUGGACUCAGAGCUGUCGUAUGGACCGACUGCGUGCAGCUGCUCUUCAUUCUACUGGGCCCUGCAACCAUUAUUGCGAAAGUCGUUCUUGACUGGCGAAGUCCUGCGACCUCUGUCCAGCCAAUAGGAGAUUUCGACGCACGGUUAUACAUCUGGAACACGCAGUUUGACUUAACAACUGACGAAAACCUGUGGGCCCUCAUCUCAUCGAUGCCGUCAGCUUUUUAUCGAGUGGCCGUGGAUCAAGUUGUUGUGCAGCGGUACCUGGCUUCGAGAACACUAGCUUGUGCGCAAAGGACUGUUCUCACGGGGUCUGUUCUCCUUGUUGUGGCAUACACCAUUGAACUCGCGAUGGCACUGUCCUUGGUACUCUGGUUUCGGGGCUGUGAUCCUCAGCUGUCUGGAGCUAUUAAUAAUAAUGAUCAGGCAAGAAUACACUUUCAUCAUGUGCUGUGAUGUAAAUUGAGUCAGACUUCCAACUUUAUUCAAUCCUACUUGAAGAAGCAGAAAAUAUUUGACUCAUCAGGAGCAUCUAAUA